CUUCACUCGAAAAUACCGGAGUGCUAUAUUUAUAUAAUUGAUACAUUAUUUCGCCAUUAGAAAUCAGAAUUAUUGGUAGUCUCAAAGCAAAGCGGUGUUAUAGAAGAAGUGAUCUACCGUGUUUGUGCUUAUUGGAAAUUGCACUCACAAUGGCCGGUGGCCCACCGACUCGCAAUUUGUUACGCAUUGCUUUCGACAACUUUCUGAAAUCGUUCCGCCCGCGUCAGAUCAAAGGUAACUACGUCGGGGAGGACUACUUCGGUAACAAGUACUAUGAAAUACCUCCGGACCCGUCGGUUGGUAGACGCAGGGCUUCGCGAUGGUUCGAACCGACGGCCAAGGAAGCAUACGAUCAGGAAAUUACCGCCGAGUGGGAAGCGUGGCUGCGAGGCCGAAGGAAAGAACCACCAACCCAGCAGGAACUGUUGAAAAAUUUGGCCAUCAUCAAAAUGAAGGAACGAAACGCAGCUGAACUCGAGGCAAAGUACAGCAAAACGAAGGACACCGCGGCCCUGGAGCAACCAAAAACCGGCAUGGGAUCGUUUCCUCAGUACGACGAGUACGAAGUCAUGCCCGGCAAAGGAAAGCAUGAAAAGUGAAACACUCGCUCGCCGCGGAAUUUUAUUCUGUGACAGUAGUUAUACUAUAUUUCCUUCAAUCGCUAUUAGACAAAAGAAGCAAGCUUCUUUCCCUGUCUUGUUGUAUAUACAAUGAAAUUUAUAAUAUAAUAGGAGAGCGAUGAGUGGCGCUCAUGUUUGUUGAUUGAAU